AGGAAGAGGAGCUCGUUCAGCUCAACGAGAAGAUACACGUUCUCCACCAUGGCCCAGAUGCUGAUUUGAGCGAGGUGAGGAGGAAGUAUCAGGAACUCUUCCGCGAGCAGCUUGACCCGAACGGCAAGCCCGUCCCGUACGAGACGUUCCGGCGGUAUUUACGGGAUAUGCUCGAUGGCCUCGACCCAGAUCCUGAGUCGCAGGAGCUGAUCCUUGAGCAGUUCAUCGAAGAGGCACGCUCUGGCAGGCGGGCCUUCGCCAUCCCGGCCCUGUCGAGGGAGUCCGACCUGAAGGUCGUGAGCUCCCCGGCCUCGGCCACCGCCACCUCUGCCAAUGCGUCCGGCACGGACACCGAGGACACGGAGCUGUCCUGGAACCCGAACCUCUUCGUCCACGAGGUGGAGCAGGAGAACGCUGACGGGGUCGCAGUCCCCCGCUCGGUCCUAGUUGAUUUUGCAGGCCGCAGGCCGCCGCCGUCGAUGGCGAGGAAGGCCUCUGCCGGCGAGUGGCGCGACGCCAGGCCGAUCGACGUGGUGCUGCAAGAGACCGGGCUCCAUGGGCAGCUCGGCUGGGAGGGACUCUGAGGCCCUCCGAGCAAGCCUGGCUCGCGGCCAGAGGCCCCCCCUGCGCCGGGGAAUCGUCCCGCGCCCCGCCCGAUCGGGUGCGUCGAAAGAUGCACUUCUCCAUCGCCUUUGGGGGCGCGGGCUUUGCACUUUAGGGUUGGGGCCACUUCACAGGGGGCCACUUCUGCUGACAAUGAAUCUGCUGUAGGAGACCCAUGUAGGAACUUUUUCGGCGCGCUGGUUUUUACCACCAGCGCACCAAGCGCUCCCUGUCCCUGGGGGAGGAGGCGGGAGGGAGGAGGAUGAGGAG